UGACGUCUAGAGUCUAGACUUCAUCAGUUCAACUUCUGGCAAACUUGGUGAACGAUGGCUCCUUUCGUAGCACGUGGAAACUUGAUUGCAAUCGGCUCAGAAGUUUCUAUAUUGACUCUAGAUACAACGACUGGUAUUUUGAAACAUGCCUCUAUACCACUUCUAUCAGAAAGCCAUGCUGAGAAAACCAAGCAAGAACCAAAAACAGAAAACAAACAACCUGAUAAAAUUUCUCAGAACACACAUUCAGAAGACUACUCUCAUCUAAAAAUGGGUACUUGCCUUGCAUUAUCACCGUGUGCCUCAUUCUUGGCUGUCUGUACAUCAGAUAAAAAUCUAACAGUCUGGAAAUUAUCCAGUAUGGAUGUCUUGAAACAGUGGAAAGCAGCAAGGAAAGUUUCGUCCCUCACAUUUAAUUCUGACAGCAGUCAGCUUUUAGUGGCUGACAAAGCUGGUGAUUGCUUUACUUACUCACUGAAUGAACCAACUGGUCAAGGAAAGCUCAUUCUGGGACAUCUUUCCAUGCUAUUAGCUGUGGUUGUCUCAUCUGAUAACAAAUUUGUCAUCACUAGUGAAAGAGAUGAAAAAAUCAGGGUUUCUUGCCUACCCAAUGCUUACAAUAUACAUUCAUAUUGUUUGGGACACACUGAAUUUAUCACAUCUUUGGCUUUUAUUCAAAAUAAUUUAUUACUAUCAGGCUCCGGUGAUGGGACACUAAGAGUCUGGGAUUACCUGGAUGGUAAGAUGUUGCAUACUGAGACCUUGAAGGAAACUUCAGAUGAAGAAAUGGAAAAGGCAGUUCGAUCUGUAGUAGUGUAUAAUGCCUCAGAAACCAUGAGUAUCGCGGCUGUUCUGCUUGAUAGAAUCAAGACGGUGUUCUUAUUCAAAAUUAUCGGUGCCGAGACCAAAUUUCAGCGGCAAACGCUGCCGUUCGUUGCCCAACCUUUAGAAGCUGCAUUUACCGAAAGUGGAAGCCUUUACGUGUUAACAGACAGUGCCUCAAACCCUAUUGAAUAUUUUGGCAAGGAUGAAUCUUUCCUGUAUACCCUUGGAGAAUCCGCUGUAGUUGGUAACCUACUAACAAACCUCAGCCAUCUCAAGAUCGUUCAAGAGUGUGUCCAGACGUGUAACGGCGAUUUGAAACCGUUGUUUAAGCGAUGGUUCGAUAACGUGCAAGUGUAUCGCGAACGUAAAAUAGAGCAACAAGUUAAACCAAAAGCUGAAAAUUCAGACAUCUCGUCCAGCCCCAAACGAUUACGAGUUGAAUGAAUAAUAUUACAUUCCUUCAUCUCUGUAAAUUCAGUUUUUCCCUUGAAUAAUACACAAUUAAAAGU